AUGCCUGGCGCAAGUUUCGAGAAAUCCGUCAAGGGAGCGACAAAGACUAAAAAUGCCGCCCCGAAAUCUAAGUACAUCGAGCAUAUCCUGACCGCAACAUACAGCGAGGCCGGCGUCGCCGAGAUCUUCCGCACGCUUCAGUAUCGCAUCCGUGAGUCAACAUGGACCAUCGUAUACAAGGCCCUUAUCGUAGUGCACAUGAUGAUCCGCGAAGGGUCCGCCGGCGCUGCGUUGAAAUUUCUAGCGCAGAAUCCGAGAGUACUGACUGUCACGAGUAUAUCUGAAGUCCAGGCGCAGGGAUUUAAUAUAUGGAAAUACUCCGAGUAUCUCGUUUCGCGUGCGACUGCCUUUGGGGAGACAAAGACGGAUUUCGUCCGCGGGGGCCAGGGACGAUUAAAGCGGCUUACUGUGAGCAAGGGCUUGUUGAGGGAGACGGAGAUUGUACAGAAGCAGAUCCAUACGCUGGUGAAAUGUAAUCUCCUAAUGGACGAGCCAGAGAACGAGAUCAGUCUGACGGCAUUCCGGUUGCUGACGUUAGAUCUCUUGUCACUUUACUCUGUGAUGAAUGAGGGAACAAUUAAUAUUCUAGAAAAUUACUUUGAAAUGUCACGACCGGAUACCGAGCGAGCUUUAAAGAUAUACAAACGAUUCAGCGUGCAGACCGAAGAAGUGGUGAAGUUUUUGCGUAUCGCGCGGCAGUUUGAAAACGCCACACGCCUGGCGAUACCGAAUCUGAAGCAUGCGUCCACCGACUUGGCCAAGCUCCUCGAAGAUGACCUCAAUGAUCCCGAUUUCGACCAGCGCCGGCGCGAGUAUCGUGCGCAAAAGUUUGGAACAGCCGGUGAGGAGAAGGACAAGGGAGCCGGGAGAAGUCGAGCAGUUUCAGCGCCGCAGAAAUCAAAACCGGCGCCCAUUGCAUCACAAACUGCACCACAAACUGCACCAAAACUGGAAGUGAAAACCACAGGGCCUAAUCUAAUUGAUCUCUUCGACUCCACCGACCAACCUCAACAGCAGCGACCGUCCAUGCCGCAGCAAGCCCCUCAACAACAGCAAUUCAACCCUCUAGCUAUGCAGUUCCAGCAGCAGCCACAAAACAUGCAGCCACAGCAAUUCCAACAGGCGGGCUUCCAGCAACAGCAAACCGGGUUUAGCCCGCAACAAAAUAACUUCUUGCAGUCACAGCAAUUCGCGCAGAUUCCAACAGGCCUUGGUCAGCAGCAGCAGCAGCAAGCGGGUUUUGGCGGCCAAUUCGGACAAUUGACUUCCAACCCCUUUGGCCAGAUACAGUCACAGCCUCAACAUCAGCCACAACUACAGGCUCUCCAACCAGCGCAGACAGGCGCCGAAUUCGGCGGCUACACCUCGCAAGUACAAUCGCACACCUUCCAAACAACUCUCCCCAGCAUCCCGCAAAACGGGAUGGCCUCUUUCCAGCAGCAGCCCAUGCUUACCGGCGGCGGACGGCCAAACAACCCCUUCCGCCAAUCCAUGCUCCCGCAACCCUCAUCAGACACCACCAACUUCUCCUUGCAAUCCACGCUAAGCCCUAUAACCUCCUCCCCCUCGAGCCUCUCCACAACUACUCUAUCCCGUCAAUCCACAAACCCCUUCGCCAAACGUCUAACAAUGCAAUCCCCGCAAUUCACAAACGGCUCCCAAUCCCCAUCAUCUCCAUCCCCCUUUACCUCACAGCCACCCACGCAACCCCUCCCCCAACUCCCAUCCCAACAACAGCAUCAACAACAACCGACCGCACCUCCCCUCCAACCACAACGAACAGGCACAAACCCUUUCGCCCGCCCCCAAACAGCACCUGGCCUCCGACCGCAAGCCCAAACCCAAACUCCAAUGCCCGGCGCGACACUUGCCCCCCUCCGCCCCAACCCGACCGGCAGCACGAACCCGUUCCGCCAAAGCGCGUUUAUCAAUCAGCAGACGGGCCAGGGGUGGCAGAUGAAUCAGCAGGGGACGAUGGGGGGACUGGAGAAUUUGGAGACGACGCCGGUGUUUCCGCGGCCGGGACAGCCGAUUGCCUAG